GCCGCUUGAGCUCCUUCGGUCGAGAGUCCCUUCAACUUCAGCCCCCAAAGCACCUGCAUCCUUGCAGCCAUGCCAUGUCAAGUCAAGUGGCAGGAAAAAGCAGUCAUCAAAUGAGUACUGUACCCAGUAAAAAGGCGUGGUGUGAUUCUCUGCGCCGAUGAUUCUCGCGGGGUGGGAAAUGCGCCGCUUCAUCUGCCUCCUCACAGAGUGAGACUUAAAUUCGGCCCAUGCCCACUCCUGCUGACACCGACACUGACACCGACUUCGUUUCUUCUUCCUCCUCAUCCAUUCCGUUGUGACACAGAGAGUCUUGCGUCUUCUCUUAUGACUGAGCACUUGGUUGCCACCACCUGAUCAUUGUUGAAUUGUAUCUCGUCCAUCGUAGCUUCGUUCUAUAUCUUCAGUCAACCCCACAUCCACUCUUCAUACAGAUCGCUAUCGUGUCGCUUCGCACUUCCGAAGUGCAGAUCGCAUAUCGCACAUUGUAACGCCCUGCGCGGAGUGGUCCAUUCAUCUUCCAACCGCAGGGUCUCGCUCUCGCACAGCCCUACAACCAUCCAAACAAAAUAUUCGCACAUCUCAAACACUGGCAGCCUUGCAGAAUAGUUCAGGCAUCGAAUCAUUUUCAAGAUGAGUUACUCUUGGGACGAAGACGAAGAUGAUCUUCAUGUGAGAUUCCCACCACCAAAUCGAGGACGUCCUCCCGUCAUCUACGGAGAGGCUCCCUACCGUCCAGCUGCUCCCUACUACGCACCUCACCACGCUGCUGGUGGAUACCUAGUUCCCAAUGCCAGUAUCCCACGACGAGCCAGAUCUACCGGCCAUCGUCCCAGUGAUCCUGGACCAGCACCGGUCAUUGUAAACAAUCGUAUCUACAACGUCGAAGACGACCAACCGCAUUAUCUCGCUGCUGCCCCCCCACGAAGACGUUCACGAUCGAGAUCUUACUCGAGACGUUCGUCGCACUCACGACAUUCUUCCAGAUCUUCUCAUGGCGAUUAUGAGAUUGAGCGGAUCCGGGAGCGGGCUCGCUUAGAGGCUCAGAUGCAAGUUCAGCUUGACACGAUGCGCAAUAAGGAUCAGUUGUCUGAACGGGUGCGCGCGGAGGCUCGUAGGGAGUAUGGGGAGCUUCAACGGGAGAAGGAGAUUCAGGAUCGUGAGCUGGAUAGGGCGAGGGAGAAGACGAGGAGGGAGGUGGAGAUGGAGAUGAUGCAGGAGAAACAGCGACGGGAGUAUGAGCAGGAUAAAGCGAGGGAUCGGGCACGAAGGGAGUAUGAACAUGAGAGUUCUCGCGCGAGGAAGAUCCGCGAAGAUGCUGAGAAUGAGAAGGCGAAGAAGGAGUUGGCUGCCUUCAAAGCGGAGAAGGAACGAGAAGCCGAGGAACGCCGGAUCAAAGAGGAACUCGAAUUGAAACGUCUGAAAGAGGAGAAGAAAAAAGCGGAGGAGAAGGAACGUGCGAAGAAAGAGGCUGAGAAGGCAGUUGAAGAGUUCAAAAUCAAGGAGGCCGAGAAGCGAGCCAAGGAGAAGAAAGAGAAGGAGGAACGUGAUAAGGAGUAUGCGAGGAGACUGGAAGAAGACCUGAGGAAAUCGGGCAUUGAUGAGCGGCAGAUUGCCCUUAUCACGAAGAAGAAGGAGCCGAUUGAUCCAUCAAGGCCGACGUAUACGAGGAUGUCGAGGAAACAUCUUUCGAUUGAGACGCUGAGAGCGCAUAGAAUUGAUUAUGAGUUUGAUCAGGUAAGAUUACCCGCUUCACUCCAUCUUUAAUAACACCCCUCCCCAUUCUCUCCUCCCUUUCCUUCCCCCUUACAAUAUACAUAUGUACAUAUACUAAUCUCUCCUCCCCCCUCCAGGAUCCAGACUACAUCCUCAUCAAACGCUGGGUCCCCGAGUACGAACAAGACAUCCUCUGGACACACACGCGCACCAUCCGCAAACACCGGCAUCCAACGAUGCUCGCACUAGAGGGACGACGCCACCGCCAUGGCGACACGGAGUUCGAGUGGGUGAAGAAGGAAAAGAAGACUAGGAAGCCGAGUCCUAGUCCGCUUUUGACGUUCUUGGCGGGCGGGAGUAGUACGAGGCGAUGAGUGAGGAUGAGGAUGUUGAUGGGUUUCUGGGUUUCUUACGCUUGAAGGACCCCCCUCCGCCCCGCUUCGCUUAAUUGGAUUGAAUCGGUGGACGAACAAUCUUCCUCCUUUUCUCCAAUUAUUGGGGGUUCGGCACGUUCCACUCUACCACUCAUGAAAACCACGAGCUCCAACACCAAUACCAAUACGGAGACGAAGGUGAAGGAAGUGAUAGAAGGAGUGAAUGAGGAAGCUUUACAUAAGUGACCAACAAAUUUUCAAAAAAAGGGGGGUGGGGGUUUGGGGACGAAAGAUGCCCUGGGAGACUCUACUCUAACGACCGCAUUCACGAGUUUUUUUCCGUAUAGUUUGCUUUUCUUUUGUUUUUAGCUAGCUGAGCUGGAUGUUAUAGUAUACUCGAGUACACGAUAGUUAAGUUAUGUAGUUACCAGUAGUUAUCGAAAUACCCACUCUAUUUAUAUACUCACUCUUGUUAUGGG